AUGGCUUCUUUAGUUUCUUCACCGUUCACACUGCCCAAUUCAAAAACAUCCCACCUUUCAUCAAUUUCACAAAAGAACUACUUUAUUCAUUCAUUUCUUCCCAAGAAAAUCAGCCCGAACAAUUCAAGAACACCCCAUAAUUUCAAAAUUGCUGCAAUUGGCAACGGAUUAUUCACCCAAACUACACCUGAAGUUCGACGAAUUGUACCCGAAAAGUCCCAAGGCCUUCCCACUGUAAAACUUGUCUAUGUAGUAUUAGAAGCUCAGUACCAAUCAGCCCUUACAGCUGCAGUUCAGACACUGAACAAGAAUGGGCAAUAUGUUUCAUUUGAGGUUGUUGGCUACUUAGUUGAGGAACUUAGAGAUGAAAAUACUUACAAAACAUUCUGUAAGGAUCUCGAGGAUGCGAAUAUCUUCAUUGGUUCGUUGAUUUUCGUCGAGGAAUUGGCCUUAAAGGUUAAGGCUGCAGUGGAGAAAGAAAGGGACAGGCUUGAUGCAGUUUUGGUGUUCCCUUCAAUGCCUGAAGUAAUGAGACUUAACAAAUUGGGAUCAUUUAGUAUGUCACAACUCGGGCAGUCGAAAAGUCCAUUCUUCCAGCUAUUCAAGAACAAGAAAUCAUCUGCAGGGUUUGCUGAUAGUAUGUUGAAGCUUGUAAGGACACUGCCUAAAGUUUUGAAGUACUUGCCAAGUGAUAAGGCUCAGGAUGCAAGAAGGUAUAUACUUAGUCUGCAGUUUUGGCUUGGGGGUUCACCUGAUAAUUUGGUGAAUUUCUUGAAAAUGAUUUCCGGUUCUUAUGUUCCUUCUCUAAAAGGAACGAAAAUCGACUACUCUGAUCCGGUUUUGUACUUGGAUAAUGGAAUUUGGCACCCUUUGGCUCCCUGCAUGUAUGACGAUGUGAAGGAGUAUUUGAAUUGGUAUGGUACUAGGAGGGAUGCAAAUGAGAAGCUUAAGAGUAAGAAUGCACCUAUAAUUGGAUUGGUUCUGCAGAGGAGUCAUAUUGUUACUGGUGAUGAAAGUCACUAUGUGGCGGUGAUCAUGGAACUUGAAGCCAGAGGAGCCAAGGUUAUACCCAUUUUCGCAGGUGGGCUUGACUUCUCAGGACCAGUUGAGCGGUAUUUCAUCGACCCGGUUACGAAGAAGCCAAUGGUGAAUUCAGUGGUGUCACUGACUGGUUUUGCUCUUGUUGGGGGUCCAGCAAGACAGGAUCAUCCAAGGGCUGUUGAGGCCUUGAUGAAGCUUGAUGUGCCUUAUAUGGUGGCACUGCCUUUGGUUUUUCAGACAACAGAGGAGUGGUUGAACAGCACAUUGGGGCUUCACCCUAUUCAGGUGGCUUUGCAAGUUGCUUUGCCGGAGCUCGAUGGAGGAAUGGAGCCGAUUGUUUUCUCUGGCCGGGAUCCAAGAACAGGAAAAUCACAUGCUCUUCACAAAAGGGUGGAGCAGCUCUGCACCCGGGCAAUCAAAUGGGCUGAAUUAAAGAGGAAAACAAAGACGGAAAAGAAGCUGGCAAUCACGGUAUUCAGUUUUCCACCAGACAAAGGCAAUGUAGGAACUGCUGCAUACCUGAAUGUUUUUGCUUCUAUUUACUCUGUCCUCAAAGAUUUGAAGAACGAUGGGUACAAUGUAGAGGGCCUUCCAGAAGCACCUGAAGCAUUAAUGGAAGAUGUAAUUCAUGAUAAAGAGGCUCAAUUCAAUAGCCCGAAUCUUAAUGUAGCAUACAAAAUGAGUGUGAGAGAGUACCAGAGGCUGACUCCCUAUGCAACUGCUCUGGAAGAAAACUGGGGGAAGCCCCCUGGUAAUUUGAACUCUGAUGGAGAAAACCUUCUGGUUUAUGGAAAACAGUAUGGAAAUGUCUUCAUUGGGGUUCAGCCUACAUUUGGUUAUGAGGGUGAUCCAAUGCGGCUUCUAUUCUCCAAAUCAGCGAGCCCACACCAUGGUUUCGCAGCUUAUUAUUCCUUCGUGGAGAAAAUUUUUGGAGCUGAUGCUGUCCUACACUUUGGAACUCAUGGUUCUCUUGAAUUCAUGCCCGGGAAGCAGGUGGGAAUGAGUGAUGCUUGUUUUCCGGAUAGUCUUAUUGGAAACAUCCCAAAUGUCUACUAUUAUGCGGCAAACAACCCAUCCGAGGCCACCAUUGCCAAACGUCGGAGUUAUGCAAAUACUAUUAGUUACUUAACUCCUCCAGCAGAAAAUGCUGGACUCUACAAGGGACUCAAGCAGUUGAGUGAGUUGAUCUCGUCCUACCAAUCUCUAAAAGACUCAGGACGUGGCCCUCAGAUUGUAAACUCCAUCAUCAGUACUGCUAAGCAGUGCAACCUGGACAAGGAUGUUGAUCUACCUGAAGAAGGUGAGGAAAUCUCAGCCAGAGAUCGAGAUUUCGUCGUUGGAAAGGUAUAUUCUAAGAUUAUGGAGAUUGAAUCCCGCCUCUUGCCAUGCGGGCUUCAUGUCAUUGGAGAGCCUCCAUCUGCAAUGGAGGCAGUUGCAACCCUUGUUAAUAUUGCUGCACUAAAUCGUCCAGAAGAGGGGAUUUCAUCUCUGCCAGCAAUAUUGGCUGAGACUCUUGGAAGAGAUAUCGAAGAUGUCUAUAGGGGAAGCGACAAGGGCAUCUUACGUGAUGUCGAACUCCUUCGACAGAUUACUGAGGCAUCGCGUGGAGCCAUUACUGCAUUUGUGGAGCGAAGCACGAACAAUAAGGGACAGGUUGUUGAUGUUUCCGACAAGCUGACUUCUCUCUUUGGAUUUGGUAUAAAUGAACCUUGGAUUCAAUAUUUGUCGAACACCAAAUUUUACAUAGCUGACAGAGAAAAACUCAGAGUCCUUUUCCAGUUCUUAGGGGAAUGCUUGAAGCUAGUUGUGGCUGAUAAUGAGUUGGGAAGUCUUAAACAAGCAUUGGAAGGGAAAUACGUCGAGCCAGGUCCUGGAGGGGAUCCAAUUAGGAACCCAAAAGUCUUGCCCACUGGAAAGAAUAUCCAUGCAUUGGACCCACAAUCAAUUCCGACAACUGCCGCUUUGCAGAGUGCAAAGGUUGUCGUUGAUAGAUUGCUUGAAAGGCAGAAAGCUGAUAAUGGAGGGAAGUAUCCCGAGACUGUUGCACUUGUUCUAUGGGGAACAGACAACAUCAAAACAUAUGGAGAAUCGUUGGCUCAGGUCAUGUGGAUGAUCGGAGUUAGGCCAGUCGCAGACACGUUUGGACGUGUAAACAGGGUCGAACCAGUCAGUCUUGAAGAGCUAGGAAGGCCAAGGAUUGAUGUUGUUGUCAAUUGCUCUGGUGUGUUCAGAGACCUCUUCAUCAACCAGAUGAAUCUCCUUGACCGAGCAGUGAAGUUGGUUGCAGAGCUAGAUGAAACCGACGACCAAAAUUAUGUCAGGAAACACGCACUAGAGCAAGCAAAAGCACUCAACGUUGAUGUGCGUGAAGCUGCAUCCCGGGUCUUUUCAAAUGCCUCAGGCUCAUACUCAUCCAAUAUAAAUCUCGCCGUUGAGAACUCAUCAUGGAAUGAUGAGAAGCAACUUCAAGAAAUGUACUUGAGUCGAAAGUCAUUUGCGUUUGACAGUGAUGCUCCCGGUGCUGGCAUGAUGGAAAAGCAGAAAAUUUUCGAGAUGGCUCUUAGCACAGCUGAUGCCACAUUCCAAAACCUAGACUCUUCCGAAAUUUCUCUUACAGAUGUCAGUCACUACUUUGAUUCAGACCCAACAAACCUCGUACAAAGCCUCAGGAAGGAUGGGAAGAAACCGAGUGCAUACGUUGCUGAUACAACCACAGCUAAUGCACAGGUUCGUACACUUUCUGAGACUGUAAGGCUCGACGCGAGGACCAAAUUAUUGAACCCAAAAUGGUAUGAAGGCAUGCUGUCAAGUGGCUACGAGGGUGUUCGUGAGAUUGAGAAACGGCUAACCAACACAGUUGGGUGGAGUGCAACUUCAGGACAAGUUGACAACUGGGUUUAUGAAGAGGCAAACACGACUUUUAUUCAAGACGAGGCAAUGCUAAACAGGCUAAUGAACACAAACCCGAAUUCGUUCAGGAAGUUGGUUCAGACAUUUUUGGAGGCGAAUGGACGUGGAUAUUGGGAAACUUCUGCUGAAAACAUUGACAGAUUGAGACAGCUAUACUCUGAAGUUGAAGACAAGAUUGAAGGAAUUGAUCGUUAA